GCACAUUUGACGCCUCCUUAUAUACUAUGUGCUUAUUUAUAUUACUAUGUGUUUAUAUAUACUAUGUGCUUUGUCCUCUCCUGAGAACACUACCUUCUUGUCUGUGUAUUCCUGUUGUAUCCCCACCAACCCAAACAGAACCUGUAUGCAGUAGGUGCUCAAUAGGUGCUUAUUGGAUGAAGGCAAGAAGGAAGGAAGAAUGCAGGCAGGCUUCUUGGCCUAAAGUUGCAACCCCCAGAGUGGUAAAUUCACUGUACGACCUUGGGCUGCGUCUCAGUUUCCCCAGCUGUAGAAAUGGGGCCACACUGCCCAUGACCUCACCAGUCCCUUCUGCUACAUGGCUGUAGGUGUUGUGUUUGUGGCUCUGGCUCCCUGGAGCCUUCUCUGGCCCCGGCUGCCCAGCUUGGCGGCUCUCCGGGGACCUGCUCUGCUGACACCGGAUUCUUCCCUGGACCAUCCAGCCACCGGGCCGACACUUGAUCCUGGCCUCACUUCCAGGCCAACGUCCGCCGACCAGCCUGCUAGGGCUGGGGCCCCAAGACUCUGUGCUGCGGGACAAGGGACUGUCUGUGCCGUCCCCAGGGGGGUGUGGUGAGGCUGGGGCUCUGCCGACACCAGCACAGGCUGCAAGGACUGAGGACAGUACCUGACCUGCGGCCCGGAGCCGCUGCAGCUGAGGAGAAAACACCAGGCGCAGGACCUGCCCGGCCCCUGUGCCUCGUGCAGCCACCUCCCCUGCUCACCAUGGGGACCCUUGGCUGCAACCCUGCUCCACGGCUGACCACUGAGUGCCAGAGUGUUCAGACCGGCUUGAGGAAGUCCUGUGGGACGGCCACCUCGGAGAACGGCUCCGGACCGGGCCUGUACGUCCUGCCGUCCACCGUGGGCUACGUCAACCACGACUGCACCAGGGUGGUCAGUCCCGCCUACUCACUCUUCCGGAGGCCCAGCCCAGCGUCUCCACAGGACGUCAGCCCUGGGCCAGUCUACUUCUUGGACCCAAAAGUCACCCGGUUUGGCCGAAGCUGCACCCCUGCUUACUCCAUGCAGGGCCGGGGCAAGUCUCGGGGUCUGGAGGUGACACCAGGCCCAGGGGCCUACAGCCCAGAGAAGGUGGCCCCUGUGCACCAGCGGACACCCCCAGCUUUCACUCUGGGCUCCCGCCUGCGCCCACAGCUCCAGGACACCUCCACCCCUGCUCCUAACACCUAUACCCUGCCCUCCCUCUGGGGUUCCCAGAUAUUCAUUAAGCCCAGCAGCCCCAGCUACACAGUGGUGGGCCGCACGCCCCCCGCCCGUCCCCCUCAGGACCCUGCUGAGAUCCCAGGCCCGGGCCAGUACGAGAGCCCCGACCCCAACACCUACCGUCAGCGCCAGCCCGCCUUCACCAUGUUGGGCCGGCCCCGUGCCCCCCGGCCCCCAGAGGAGACUCCUGGCCCUGGCACCCACAGCCCUGAGCAGGUCACCAUGACCAAAGCCCGGGCGCCGGCGUUCACCAUGGGCAUCCGCCACUCCAAAUGCGCUCCCACCAUGGUUGUGGACACCAUGCCCUGACACCUUUGGGGUUAGGAUUCCCGGCAGCCCCGGGACCAACCCAGUUUACCUGUGUUGUCACACGGGGUGUGGGCAGGCCCCUCCUGGGCCUGGCUGUGGAGAAGACACAUCUUGCCUUCCUUUUUUUGAACUCUGAGGUCCUUCUAGGUCCCCUGCUUCCUUUGGUCCCUGGGGCUGUGACCCCGUGGCUCCGUGCAGGGCGAGCUUCCUUCCAGUGCCCCAGUUUCUUCCUCCCGGUCACAGCAGGUUAAGUCAGGCCACGCAGAGAAAGGGACAACUGCAGCCCUGCCCAGCGGCCGGCGGAGCUUUCUGUGUCCUGGAGCUCAGUGUCCACCCUGCUAGGGCCUGGGUCCCUGGCACAGUUCACGUUUCGGCUAAACUUGGGCUCUUCUCUGCUUCUCGUGGGUGCACAGCCAGCUGCCUGCCCCUGGUCCCAGCCCCCAAACCAGGCUGGAAGCGGCCUGAUCCCUCUCUCUCUAGCUGCUUGCCAAUAAAGCUCUGUGGCAGCAGAGCUGUCAGAAUCA